AUGGCUUCAGAACAGCUGAACGUCAUUGCCCUAAUCUCGGGAGGCAAAGACAGCUUCUUCAAUCUGAUCCACUGUAUAGAGCACGGCCACAAGAUCGUGGCUCUUGCAAAUCUUUUCCCAGGAUCAGGGACUUUGGCAUCCGACUCAAGCUCAGGUGCCAACGGUAUCCCACACGGGCAAUCACUGUUCCGCCAGGAAGACGCCACUAAGGCUGGGCCAAAGACCAAUGAAUAUACGCCCACUGAUAUCCUAUCUCCCGAGGGCCUCCAGCAUAUCCAUCCGGAGACGUGGGUACCUCAGCCUUCCGAAAGACAUGGACAUGCUGGCCAAGACUCGGGGGAGCCUUCCGAUACGGAUCUGAACAGUUUUAUGUACCAGACUGUCGGGCACGAGGUCCUCCCCCUGUACGCCGCUGCGACUGGUCUGCCGCUAUAUCGGCUGCCCAUCACUGGACAUGCGGUUCGCCACGAGAGGGACUACGAUGCCACGGUCGAAGCUCAGGGCAAGGACAAGGGCGAUAGCGGCGACGAAACAGAGUCAAUGUUGCCCUUGUUACAGGCUAUCGUCACCCGCCAUCCAGAGGCCAAUGCUGUCUGUGCAGGUGCCAUCCUGUCCACCUACCAGCGCACCCGUGUUGAGUCAAUAGCACUGCGUCUGGGCCUCGUGCCCCUGGCCUACCUAUGGCAGUAUCCGAUCUUGCCACCCCCACCUGGAGCCAUCGCAGACGACACGCAGCUGCUAAUCGACAUGGCCAACGCUGGACUAGAAGCACGGAUCAUCAAAGUUGCCAGUGCUGGUCUAGACGAAGACCAUCUGUGGGAACGCGUGUCAAGCGAGACUGGCUCAAGUCGUGUCAAGAGCGCGUUGCGCAAAUUUGGCUCGACUCAGGGUGCCGCAGCCUUGGGAGAGGGUGGUGAGUUCGAGACGCUUGUUUUAGAUGGUCCUUCCUCAGUGUUUAGGAAGAGAAUUUCCAUCCUGGAACAGGGGCGCAAGAUCGUGCGUGAAGGAGGUGGCUGCUCAUGGCUGUUGUUGGCUGGUGCACGGGUAGAGGAUAAACAAGAUCAUGCACACAAGCCAACAGUUCGGGUACCCGAUCUCCUCGAUCUGCGAUUCAAGGCUGUGUUUGAUGAACUGCCAUUACCCCUGGAUCAGCUGAGGCAUACAGACGCUUCAGCUAAGCCGAUGUCACUGACCAGAGAUCCAGUGUCCUCAACUGAGGAUGUCGAAACUCAGCGAUGGUCUGUUAUUGCAGACGCCACCACAAGCGAAAGGUCAAUCCAAGAGGAGACGAUUCAGGUGGUAGAGAAGAUCAGAGCCCUAGCGUCAAAAGCUGGUAUUCAGCUCUCCCAUGUCACAAACACCAUCAUUGUUCUGCGGCGCAUGUCAGAUUUUCCAAAGGUCAAUGGUGAGUAUGGGAAAUUGUUCCCAAAGCCAAAUCCGCCAUCUCGAGUGACUAUCUCCUGCGGCGACCUACUGCCAGAAGGCGUGAACAUUGUCAUCUAUCUCAGCGCGCCUACGCCUGAGGCAAAACACGAUCGUAAUGGCCUACAUGUACAAUCCAGAUCUUACUGGGCGCCUGCGAACAUUGGUCCAUAUAGCCAAGCUAUCGAUGUGCCAGUGACAGCUCAUCACCAAGCCACAAGUCUGAGGUGUAUCUCUAUUGCAGGGCAGAUACCUCUGAUCCCAGCAACGAUGCUAUUGCCCAACCCAUCUGACAAGUGGCACGAGCUCCAAAUAGUGCUGUCUCUGCAACACCUCUGGCGAGUAGGCCACGAGAUGAAGGUGCAGUGGUGGACAAGUUCUGUUGCUUACUUCCCACGGGCUAGUUCCUCAGCCGAGAUUCAACGCAGUGCCCAGCUUGCAGGGCAUGUCUGGAGGAAAGCACACGGGUCUCCAGAUGAAGAUGAAGAGGUUGACGGUGGCCCUGAUCUCUGGGACCUAAAGUUCAACCCUGCUUACAUGUCACUCGGUAAUGAUGACAAGACAGCCCGUAAGGCCAUUCCUGACUGGGAUGCCCUCACUCUUCGUCAGCAGAACGAGCCUGAGACAUGUAUCCCUCCUAUGUUUGCAGCUGAAGUUGAAGAGCUACCACGGCAGGCAGCAGUAGAAUGGCACGCUCAUAACGGUCUUUCGAGAGCUGAAGAGGGUAGCCUUGUGUUGGUUUCUCGUCCCGAAGCCAAUGUCCCCGGUUGGAAUACGUGGCAUUCGGUCGUCACAACUGAAACUGCAACUGUUGUAUACAGCACAGUGUCAUAUACUUGUGCUGAAGGGGCCCAGUCUUUGACCCUCGACGACUUGAAAACAGAUAUGCAAAAAGCCAUUCACGAGUCUUUCCGGCGACUCCUUCCUCAUGGGCCAGAGGCUGUACACAGCAAGCUUUCUUUGAUAUAUGCGGACGCUCUUCAAGUCAAGUCCAUUUGGAACAACACUGGAAACAGCUGCGAGGCAGCCCUCAUUCCUUGCCGAUCUAUAUGGUCAUCUGAGGGGCGUAACGUCACGGUCGUGGGCCUGUUCGAAACGACCUUGAUACGUGGUACAUGA